UCGGCGCUGGUGCUGGUGCUGCUGGCGGCGCUGGGCGGGCGGGCCGUGCUGCCGGGCGGGCGGUGCGCGGCGCCGCUGGCCGACCUGCGCUCGCAGAUUUCGGGCGUGGAGUCGCUGCUGGAGGAGUUCCGCCGCCAGCUGCAGCAGGAGGAGCCGGGCCCGCCGGGGGUGGCGGCGAGCGGUGCGGCGGCGGCGGCGGCAGGAGGCGGCGGCGAGCGGUGCGGAGGUAGCGGCGGCUUCUCCGCCAGGCCCGACUCCAUCAUCCGCACCAAGGACUCCAUCGCGGCCGGCGCCACCUUCCUGCGGGCCCCCGGCGGUGCUGCGGGCUGGCGGCAGUGCCUGGACGCCUGCUGCGCCGAGCCGCGCUGCACGCUGGCCGUGGUGCAGGCGCCCGGGCGGCCGCGGGCUGCGGCGGGGGCGGCGGAUCUGGGCUGCUACCUCUUCAACUGCACCCACCGCGGCCGGCCCGUCUGCCGCUUCGCCCCGCACCGCGGCUACAGCACCUACAGCCGCCGGCCCGCCGAAGAAGAAUAUGAUGAGCCUCCCCUGUGCAAGGCAGGACAAGAUGUUGUUCUGCAGUCACCUGUCGACUGGGUGCUUUUGGAUGGGAGAGAAAGUUCGGAUGACCAUGGAAUUGUGCAGUAUGAAUGGACGUUGCUUCAAGGUGACUCAUCUGUUGAAAUGAAGGUACCACAACCAGGAACACUGAAGCUGUCUCACUUUCAGGAAGGCACAUAUAUUUUCCAGCUAACCGUGACAGACACUGCUGGUCAGCGGAGUUCGGAUAACGUCUCUGUGACUGUUCUUCCUAUGGCUCAUUCUGCAGUAGCCUGUGUCGGGGUUUGCUCUCGCUACCAGUUUAUCUGUGAUGAUGGCUGCUGCAUCGACAUCACAUUUGCUUGCGAUGGUGUGAAACAGUGCCCUGAUGGCUCCGACGAAACUUUCUGCCAGAACCUCGGCCAAGGCAGGAAGACAGUGACUCACGCAGCCUUUGGCACUACCCAGCAAAGGACUGUAGGACUGACUGAAAAUACAGAUGAAAACUCUGCAGAAAACACCCUGAAAGCCACUGUCAGAAACCAGCCGCUCCUUCCACUGGAUGCAGACAUGUCUAACCAAUCGCUUUCUCAGGGACCAAAGAAACAAAACAGUGGAUUUGUGCCAGAUAACAGUUCCUCAGGGAAAAAAACAGAUGAUAAAAAUGGAAAUGGCAUAACUGUGCCAAAGAGGGAUCAGCUUGGAGGUGGUCACCCAGUCCCAGAAACAGGUGCUGUACUGCCUUUGGCCUUAGGCUUGGCCAUCACCGCUUUACUGCUGCUUAUGGUUGCUUGCAGGCUGCGUUUAGUGAGACAGAAGCUUAAAAAAGCUCGACCCAUUACAUCAGAAGAGUCCGAUUACCUCAUCAACGGGAUGUAUCUCUGAAAAUCAGAUCUAGUUCUGUCGUUUUCUCCCCUUUCUCCUGUGUCCAUAUACCUCUGCCUCUAAAAAAGGACCAAAGUCUUUAGUUAAGUUUCAAAUGUAGAAGCCUCCGAGGUGAGGAACGCGUUCUCCCCCUUUGAAGAAGUAAAGAUGUGGGCGGGUGCCCAUGUUCAGAAACUCAGAAGCCUUCAGGCUCUGGCAGGUGGCUCCGGCUGACUCUGUAGAAGAUGCCACCAGGUAGAGAACCCCCCGGGGACAUGGGGUGCCCUCGCCCUCCCUGUGGCAGCCAGGCCCCAGGGCUCUGUGCUGGGGCAGCCAAGGCAGCAGGUCCCCAUGGCACUGGUUGGGGCGUAGAGGGCAGCUCAUCACCGCCCUGCUGCCACCAGCACGCUCCACGCUGGGUCCGGGGGCGCGCCCACACGAUACACAGGGAGAUGUUUCAUGAAAUAAUUUUGUCUUGCUUUAUUAAUUAAAAGCAAUCACCAUCUAUGCACCAGCUUUUGUAAUGAAAUUUGGGAUUUAAGGAACAGAUCAUAUUUUUCAUCUGUAGUUUGAACCUCUGUGCAGCUAACAGAGCCAUGCUUCCUAAAGUGAAAACACAAGUAGAGGAUGAGUUUGGACUUAGCAGUGUCCGACAGCUGUUGGGUGCGAUCCCGGAGCUGCAUCUCUCCCCGGGGCUCGUGGCUUGUUGAGCCUUUUCCACCCCCAGCUCCGCACGCUCCACCUCAUGAAAGAGCAGCGGGCCGCAGCUUUUCUCUGACACCAGACCCAGCUUUACUAGCAGUGGCCGGAUUUGCGGUGUUGGAAGUUCUGUUGGGGUGAAAACCAAAGUCAGUGGUAGCCAAACAGGCACGGUCAGUGCAACUGCUGCCUCUAGCAGAGCGGUUGAGCCCUGUCCCUGCUUCCCCGGAGCCUGGGAGCCAUGCUGGUUAACCCAGCUCCCUGCAAAGCUUGAAAGCUUCAGCGACGUGUCCCCACCCCAGCAAAAUCCUCCUAGAAUUAGAGCAAGUAAUUGAUAUGUGUGAGUGAACUUCAGAUGUGUUAACAGUAAAUUGUGUACAGUACAUGUGAUAUAUACCUACAUAUAGACACCGUGCUGUCUAUCUCGUUAGACCGUCCGAGGAUGUCGCAUUCAUCAUGGGUCCCAAUAAAACCAGAGGCAGAUGAGGCAUGCAUCUUUUUGUAUGUCGUCUUUUGUACUUCAGUAACUCCAAGUCCACAAAAAUCUUGCCAUGGCAUACAGAUAGCUCUUUGAGUUGCUUGGUCUUGUUUAAUUUAUGUAAAAUAGCUCUAAUAAACCUAUUUUAUUCUUACA